CGCGAAUAGCAGAGUCGCGAACAAGAAGGGCCCAGAGUCACGGCCGUCAACCCUAGCGCCGCCGUCGCGGCGGCCGCCCUUCCUAACCUUUCUUGGCGUUGCACCAGGUAGCAGGCUCAACAGUCCCAGUCCAGGCUUGCUGUCGUCCAACAACCUGCGCAUCGGUGUUCUGCGGCCAAUUGCCAGCCGAACGCAGGGGAGGAAGAUGCCGCUUGCAGACCCUAGCCGGGCAGUCCAGCCUACGAUUCCAGCACCGCCUGGGACCACAGUUUCUCCUACGGGAUGCCUUCCAGCAAAGACUGAUGCUGCGCUUGUCUUUCCUCGGAAGAGAGCAAGGGCUGGUACAGGGCUGGAUUGUGCCGAUGAAUUGCGAGACCUGCAACUGAACCAUCAUCCAGAUUCCAACUCCAAGCUUUCUACAUCGUAAAAACAGCAGCCCCAGUCAUUUAGUGCCGCUGUCACCAAUCAAUACGGCUGGUUUGUGGCUACGGAAUAAGAAAUUUCCAAGCUACCGCUCCCUGUGCAGCCUACUACUAACGCACACUCCAACUCAAGAUGCCAACAUAUUGUUUUCUCGGUGGAGGAGAUACGGGAGCUAUACAAACAAUGGUCUAAGGCACUGGUAGUGAGGGUUCUUGAAAGAAACUUCUCUUUCCUUGUGGUGAAGAAGCGACUCGAAUCUCUUUGGGGAAAGCAAGGAGAAAUUCAGGUCUCCGGUAUGACCAAUUGGUGUUGUGUUGUCCGCUUUGCAUCAAAAGAUGACUAUCUUCGGACAACUUUCGGAGGACCAUGGAAGAUCUUUGAUUACUACUUUGCUAUUUAGGCAUGGACGCUGGAGUUUAACGUUCAUGCACGGGUACAAAAUAUCUUAUCAUGGAUUAACCUUCCAUCAUUACCUCUCCAUUACUUCCAUGAGAUGGCUGUUACAUGUAUUGCGGGUCAUGUUGGAAAAGUAAUUUGAAUUGAUGUUGCUACUGCAUCGGGUGAGCGGGCACGCUUUGCAUGUGCAUGUGUGGAGCUUGGCCUUUCCAAACCUCUCCUCGGUACGUAUGAACUCGAUGGAUCAAACAUAAAAUUGGGUAUGAGAGUCUCGAAAACUUAUGUGUGAAGUGUGGUAGGUACGGUCAUAUUGAAAAUUUGUGUGCGGAAGCCACACUUCAAACGGAGACAGAGACCACUUCACUUUCGUCUAAUAUGCCGGAGCAAUCUAUUGAUGACUUGGGGGAGUGGAUGAUCCCUGGUCGUCACGAUCGAUGCAAAACAGGCCGGAAAAAUGCCACUAGCACGACGGUUGAGACUCCCAACACUACUACGGGCUCUAGAUUUGAUGUUCUUCUCAGGCAUCCUAUUGAUAAUACUCUUUCUCCGACCAUUGCUGGCGACACUCUUCCGCAAGCGUCUGGCCUAACGCCUAAGGCUAAAAAUAAGAGUAAACCUGCUAAGGCCCGGAAGCAAACUGGAAUGCAUGUUAAGCCUAGAAUACAGCCUUCACCUCCUGCGGACAAACAAUCCCACUUUCGCCUAAUGUGAAACCUUCCUCUGAACCUGAUCCCAUUUCAUCUUCCGUGCCAACUCCUAUGUCGAAUCCUGCUCGUAGGAAGGGCCGCCCAUGGAAGAAUGCUCAGAAUUCAGAGAAGAUGGAUGACUUUUCUGGUACGUUAGCACACGCAUGGCAGAAGACAUUUCCUGCUAAUACCCCACUACCCAAACUUCCUCAACCAGAUAGUUCGGUGCCUCUUUCAUACUUAAAUGGGGGUCCCUUGUUGAUGGCAUGUUUGGUAAGUCUACGGCUUCUACUGCCACAACUUCAACAACCAUGGAUGCUCACAUGCAUACCUCAAACAUAAUGGCUCCAGACAUAUCCUCGACACCGCUGCCAGUAUGUAUUGAUUCAUCUACUUCUGAUUUGAUGUCUGUAACCCCUGGGAAUGCUCAAGGGGAGCGCCCCAUGGAUACCUCCUCUUAACCAGGGAAGACCUUUACAUAUUUUUUAAUGAUGUGUACAAUAUUUACUUAAAAUUGUCGUGGGGCAAAGCAUGAUGAUUUUCUUCCCAGUUUUAGAAAUUAUAUGUCUCCUUAUCGACCGUAGAUUGUUGUUAUCGUUGAACCUCGUAUUAGCAGAGUCAUUGGCCAGUGUAUUACUAAUCAACUUGGUUUUGAUGGCAGAAUUAUCUCGGAAGCUCGUGGUUUUUUUGGGGGUAUCUGGUUUCUUUGGAACUCAUCACUAGUCACGGUGGAAGAAAGGGCAAUCACUAAUCAAACUGUUCAUGUGAGUGUGACAGCUCAUGAUGGUAGCUAAUUUGCCUUCACAGUUGUUUACGCUUGUCCACAACCUUUGGGAGUUGGGAUGCACUUUUCUCUGGGACACCCUCCGAGUGAUUGCACAAACUUAAACAUUACCAUGGGUAGCAAUAGAGGAUUUUAACGUCGUCCUUUCAGCAGAGGAGAAGAUUGGAGGUGCAGAGUUUGACCCGACUCGUGCGACACCUUUCGGAAUUGCAUCGAUUUUUGUCGCCUCAUGGACUUGGGUUUCACUGGCCCCGGAUUCACCUGGUAUCGUGGGUCCCUUUGUGAAUGGUUGGAUCGGGCGUUGGGUUCUCAGAACUGGCUCACUCAUUUCCCGCACUCCUUGGUAGUUCAUCGCCCUAUCUUGCUGUCCACUUCUGGUAUAACCCCGUCUCACACUGGUAAACAUCCAUUUCGGUUUCUUGCUCCUUGGCUAUCGCAUGAAGAUUUUCCACGGGUCCUUGCAUCCUCUUGGCGGAGAGACAUGCCGCUACAUAAUGCACUUCACUCUCUGGGUGGGAAGCUUCAACGAUGGAACAGAGAUGUGUUUGGUUUCAUUCAUAUCCAGAAAGUGACAUUGAUUCAGCAAUUGUCCGAGUUAGAAGACUUUAAUUGUGUCGAGUUCUUCACCGGUCAUUUUCCAUGGAGUGGACGACUUCUUGGAUGAUGAUGAUGUUGUCAGUGAUGUGUCACCCAGGGACAAAACUGGAUUGUGUGGGGUGGACCCAACCCCGCAUGUGAUGCUUCAAACGGGAAGUGAGAAGCUGAGUAAUAACUUUAUAAGCAACAUUACAAAGACUAAUUGGCCGAAAUUGCUUCAUUGACUCCGGUCAUGUCGUACAAAGUCCUCCUCAUCUUGAAACUUAAAAAUUAUCCAACCCUUAUUAUGAGACCGUACAAGACAUUUUACACCCCAUGUAGCUUUCAAAUCAUGGACCGCUUUGAGUCCGGGAAAUUUUCCCAUGAAGUGUCCCACUA